UGUCAAACAAAUUAGAUUUUUCAGUGGAUCUCACAUUUCACAUCUCACAAUGGUUACCGCAAGUUUGUAUAAAUAGCUUUCGAUCUUGAUUGAAGAGAAAAGACGCAAAAAAUGAAUUCUAAGAUAUAUGGAAUUGAUCGAAAUAUUCGUAUACCAGCGAUGUAUAGCGAUCAUGAAAUAACCGUAAAAGAAGAACAGUCGCCUUUUAUUUUUCCAUCCUGUUCUCAAACUUUGGCCCAUCUUCAAUGGUGGAAAACUCAAAAGAAAAAAAUUAUAAAACAUCAUAAAAAAAUCUAUAAGGAUCGACAGAGGAAAACAACCUUGCAAUUUUCAAAUAUUCUACAUGCUGAAACAAACAAAAAAAAAUAUAAGAGUCCAGACAAAGCAAUUGUCAUGAUGGAUGUGGAUCCGCAGUACUUUACAGAAUUAUCUGGCAGACCUGUAGAAGAAAGAUUUUUAUUGAAACAAUAUAUUCAAAAUGUACGAGAGAUACUCAAAUUAAAAUAUCUUAUUGGUCAAGAAAGGGAUGAUUAUAUUCGUAUUGAUCAGCAAUUUGAGCAAGAAUCAUGUCGACUGCGAAAAAUUCAGUAUUAUAGUGAACGAUAUAUAAGUGGCUUCGAAGAAUUCUUAUCAAAAGAUCAUGAAAAAAGUAUGAAUAUGUUAGCAAAAGCGGAACAGGAAGUGAAGCUGACAGAAGUAAUAAGCACUCAAAGAAACGAACUCUCAAAACAAUAUGGUCAACGCAGACUGGAUGUUUAUUUUUGGGAAGACAAUUGGAGAAUAGUGAAAAUGUGUCAAAUUUUUCUUUAUCGGAUAUCACCUAUUUCCUGGAAAAUUAAACAUGACUGGCUUUCUCGAUUGGACUCAGCAAGCUUUGUUGUCUCCAUUGAUGCUACGGAUUUGUUUAGCAAAUAUAAAACACCAAAUGAAGAUGCCUCUUUGGAGGACUUAAUAGAGCUAUUCGAGCAGGACGUCAGUGAUGCUGACUCCACCGAGCUUUAUUUCGAGGAUCCUUUCGAUUUAAUUCGAAUUUUCCGAACAAUGGAAACACAAAAUUUAAACGCAUUGAUUUAUCUCGAAUCACUCGCGGCACCAAUGGCGGACAUGACUAUGACUAUCACUGCAACAGAAAUACAAAUCAAGCAGGAGAUCGAUGAGAUUACCUCAACUAUCAACAAUUUAGAAAAUUCCAUUAGCAAAGCGGAGGAUAGAGCAGCAAACCUUGAAGAACACUUCAAUUAUCUUCUUCGAAAUAUUUUUCGACAUCUUGUCUGCUCUGAAGAAGUGCUUUAUCUUCGUGUUUUCGUGGAAGAUACUUAUGAGAGUUGUGUGGGUCCAAAUGAUGCAAAUCUUGAUAGCUUUUCAAUGAUGAAAUGGAUCGAAAGAAUCCAUGAAGAAUUGAAUCGUCAGUUAGACAAUUUACCUCGUGAAAUUGUCCGGACUUGUGAAAAAGAAGGAUUCAGACAAGAAAGAAAAGCUAUAAAAGAGGCGGAAAAUGCUGCGAAAAAGUUUCAGCUAAUGCACCGACUAUUGGAUGCGCUGAAACAUAUUAUGGAACCACCUUCGAAAAAGAAGCGACCGCUAAAUAGACGUUCAAUGCCUAUCACGGUGAAAACGACGCCGCCAUCACUUCCGCCAAAACCAACAGAUGAAGAAAUCCAAUAUCUCACCUUUUUUACCGAUUAUUGUAAGCACAAUGACUUUGUUACGUAUCGUUCCAAGUUACCAGAUGAUUUCGAUUUGACAUUCUAAAGCAAAUAGCAACAUAAAUGUAACAAGGUUGAAUGUACACUUUUAAAUCAAAAGGGAAAAGAAA